AUGCCAUUCGGGCUCAAGAACGCUGGUGCAACUUACCAGAGGGCAGUGAAUGCCAUCUUUCAUGAUCUAAUUGGCCAGAGCAUGGAGGUAUACAUUGAUGACAUAGUGGUCAAGUCCAAAACAGAAGAACAACAUAUGGAAGAUCUCAGACAGACAUUAGCAAGGAUGAGGAUCCACAAAUUGAAGAUGAAUCCAAAGAAGUGUGCAUUUGGAGUAAGAGCAGGCAACUUCUUGGGAUUCCUGGUGCAUCAAAGAGGUGUAGAAGUGGAUAAGAACAAAUCUUGGGCAAUAAUGAAGUCACCUUCACCUACCAACAAGGUGCAACUCCAGAGGUUACUGGGCAAAAUCAACUUUUUAAGGAGAUUCAUUGCUAAUUUAGCAGGCAAGAUCCAGCCGCUGACUCCUUUACUAAGGUUGAAAGAUAAAGAAAAGUUUGAAUGUGAGCCACCGCACCAACAAGCCUUUGACAGCAUCAAGGCCUAUUUAACUUCUCCACCAGUGUUGGUGCCACCACAAAGGGGAAAACCCUUGAAGCUGUAUAUCUUUGCCUCUGAAAAAUCAAUCGGAAGCUUGCUAGCCCAAAAUAAUGAGGGCGGGAAGGAGCAGGCAGUGUACUACCUCAGUAGAAUUCUGACCGAGGUAGAAACAAGGUAUUCCCCGAUAGAGAGAUUAUGCUUGGCUUUAUAUUUCACUGCCAGAAGGAUUGGGAAAUGGAUUCUAGCUUUAUCAGAAUUCAGUUUUCAAUACGUACCCCAAAGGGCAGUCAAAGGUCAAGCAAUUGCCGACUUCCUGACCGAGCAUCAAGAAUCUUCAAGUGAGGUGAUCAAUAUCCCUGGAAGCUUAAAAGUUACUAGCAUUUGGAUCCCGCCGAGAAAAGAUAUUUCGGGCAAAGAAGACUGGGUCCAGCAAGAGAUAAGAAGAGUGGCUGGGGCAGAAGAGGUAGAGGUCUUUGGAGAUUCAGAGUUGGUAAUAAACCAGUUAAAUGGGGAGUUCAAGUGCAGACAUAUUACCAUGGCGGGGUAUUACUUGGCAGCUACGCAAUUAUUGAAUUUCUGGGAUUCUGAGAUAUCGGUCAAUCAUGUUCCCAGGGAAUCCAAUUUAGCGGCCAACGAGAUGGCACAACUAGCCGCAGGAGUGCCAAUACAGGAAAGGAAACCUGGGGUAGAUGUUGAAAUCCAAAGAAGCCUCCCUUCCAUCUUAGAAAGGGGAUUCAGUCUAGAUAUAAUGGUGCUAGAGGCCGAGAUAGAAGAUUGGAGGUCACCUAUUAUUCACCAUUUGAAUGAUCCUUCCUCGCCUACCAGCAAGAAGGAUAGACAGCAAGCAACUAAGUAUGUCUUAUGGGCAAAGAACUUGCUAAGGAAAACUCCAGACGGGUUACUAUUGAAAUGCUUGGGCCAAGAAGAAUCCAUGAGGGUAAUGGCCAAAGUACAUGAAGGAGUUUGUGGAGCACAUCAGGCUGGAACAAAGAUGAGAUGGUUGCUUAGGAGGUAUGGUUAUUUCUGGCCCGACAUGGAAAAAGAUUCUUUGAACCAGAUUCAAGAAGGGAAACGAGCUGUUGCCCGAGCUUACAACAAGAAGGUGAAGAUGAAAUCUUUCAAGGAAGGGGAUUUAGUAUGGAAGACAAUCCUCCCUCUAGGAGCUCAGCUCAGGGGUUUUGGAAAAUGGAGCCCGACAUGGGAAGGUCCUUUCAUUAUUGGUCGUGUUCUAGAUAGAGGGGGAUACUACCUGGCGGACCUUGAAGGAAACAAGCAUAAACAUCCCAUUAACGUUAAAUUCUUAAAGAAGUAUUGUCUUACGUUGUGGGAUGUCAGAGAUUGUUAUAUCGAAGAGGAUGCGAAGUAA